GGGCCGGAGAUGAAGCCUGUUUUUGGUUCAGUAUUCUCGAAUAAUAACGGGCGUGAAGACGUGUCUUUCGGGAGUCUGGGCCGCAAUACUGGCAUACACUACCUAUACUCACAGCAGAGAUAGAUAUAUAGAGAGACAGCAAGCAAGCAAGCAGAUACGCCGUGUGCUGUGCCUGCUGCUCCACACGUACAUUAUUCAAACAGCCACGAGCGUUUCACUACUUUCCUCUUUUUUUUUGUAUUAUUUCGACUGUCCAAUUUAGAAUGCGUUGACCCAGUGAGCAGCAUAACCAGAUGGUCCACUCAAUUGAACGAAACCAAUAAAGUUACUUCUUCGAAAACGUGCGAACUUUUCGAAAAGAGUUUUGUUUUGUUUUGUUUUGUUUAUUCUCAUCAUCAACAUCCUCUUUCUUUAACAUAAUAUGAGACAUACUAAAAACAGUGUGUGUGUUCCCAUGUGCGCAAUUUAUUAAACGAUCUACAUUAAACUGCUAAAAACGAAACAUAUAAAUAUGGCACUGAAGCAUGCCCUAAGUACUAUCGUGGUACUUGCGUGUGUUGUUUGCUACCACAAUAGUUGCUAUUGUGGUUUUGUGUUUGACGAUAUCAGUGCGAUCAAAGAUAAUAGAGAUUUAAGACCGCACACCCCCUUAGUCAACGUGUUCUACAAUGACUUUUGGGGAACUCCGAUGCAUAAGGAACAGAGUCACAAGUCUUACAGGCCGCUGUGCGUUUUGACGUUUCGCUGGAAUUAUUUAUUGUGGCAGUUGGAGCCGAUGGGAUACCAUUUGGUGAAUAUGCUGUUGCAUUCCGUCGUCUGCCUCAUGUAUUUCAGAAUGUGCUCCAUGUUUCUGCCAGAGUUAUCAAGUUUUGUCGCCGCCAUGCUGUUCGCAGUCCAUCCAAUUCACGUGGAAGCGGUAACUGGAGUAGUCGGAAGAGCUGAAACCUUAUCUUCGGUGUUCUUCCUGGCUGCUUUCAUGCUGUACACCAAAGCUUCGAGGAAUAAAAGAAAUACGGGUUGGAAAUAUAUGUGCAUGUCGAUGGCAUCCAUAGCGACGGCGAUGCUGUGCAAAGAACAAGGAAUUACGGUGGCCGGAGUCUGUGCAGCCUAUGAAAUAUUCGUCUCACAAAAGAUUCGAUUGUCCGAUUUAAAGUACAUGAUUAAAUCGGCGAAGUCUUCGUAUCACUUGCCCUGGUCAAGCGAAGCCACGAAAAGGCUGAGCGCAUUAGGUCUGACCACGGUAUGUCUUCUUCUGGCUAGAUUGCAGAUAAUGGGUUCGCAAUUACCAGUUUUCACGAGGUUCGAUAAUCCUGCGUCCGUGGCCCCGACCCCAUCCAGGCAACUCACUUAUCAUUAUUUGAUAAGCGUCAACUUGUGGUUGCUACUGUUUCCUUGCGAUCUCUGCUGCGAUUGGACGAUGGGCACUGUACCUUUGGUGGAGUCCUUCCUCGAUCCCAGGAACCUAUCCACUGUGGCUGCCUACGUCUUCCUUGCUCUGUUGGUCAUUGCUGCAUUCACAACGGAGAACAAACAGCAGAGCGUUAUCAUAAUAAUGAGCCUGGCAUUAUUAAUAUUGCCCUUCUUGCCAGCGUCGAACUUAUUCUUUCCCGUGGGCUUUGUGGUUGCGGAGAGGGUGCUUUACAUGCCUUCGAUGGGCUUCUGUCUGCUCGUAGGGUACGGGUGGAGCAUUUUGGCAGAAAAACAAGGCAAGAAGCUGGCGUGGAUCGCGCUAAGUUUUCUCCUCGUGAUGCACGGAACGAAAACUUAUCUGCGGAACUGGGACUGGGAAACAGAGUAUUCCAUUUUCAUGUCAGGCCUGCAUGUAAAUCAACGUAACGCCAAGUUAUUUAAUAAUGUAGGCCACGCUCUCGAGGGUCAGGGAAAAUACACGGACGCAUUAAAGUAUUUUCAAACAGCCGUUAACGUACAACAGGACGAUAUAGGGGCCCAUAUCAAUGUGGGCCGCACAUACAAUCACUUGAAGAUGUUCAAGGAGGCGGAAGAGGCGUAUUUAAGAGCGAAAUCUCUGCUGCCUAAAGCUAAACCUGGCGAAUCCUAUCAGGCCCGGAUCGCACCUAAUCACUUGAACGUUUUCUUGAACUUGGCUAACCUCAUCUCUAAGAAUUCGACUAGACUCGAAGAGGCUGAUAUGCUUUACAGACAGGCAAUCAGCAUGAGGGCAGAUUAUACGCAAGCGUAUAUCAACAGGGGCGAUAUUUUAAUAAAACUAAAUCGCACCAAAGAAGCGCAAGAGGUUUACGAGAGGGCACUUUUAUACGACAGCAAUAACCCGGAUAUAUAUUACAAUCUGGGCGUCGUAUUUCUGGAACAGGGCAAAGCAUCCCAAGCGCUGGCCUAUUUGGACAAGGCCCUAGAAUUUGAUCCGGAACACGAGCAAGCGCUCCUCAACUCGGCGAUCUUGUUACAAGAACUUGGCAGGCCCGAGCUAAGGAAAAUAGCGCGAGAAAGGCUCCUAAAGUUGCUCGCGAAGGACGCAACCAACGAACGUGUUCACUUCAACCUUGGCAUGCUCGCUAUGGACGAUAAGAACAUCGAGGAAGCGGAGCACUGGUUCCGGAGGGCGGUUCACCUCAAGAGUGACUUCCGCAGUGCCCUUUUCAAUCUGGCCCUUCUAAUGGCCGAUGACCACAGACCCUUGGAGGCAGCACCGUUCCUCAACCAACUCGUCAAGUACCAUCCUGAUCAUAUUAAAGGUCUAAUCCUUCUGGGCGAUAUCUACAUUAACAACAUCAAGGAUUUAGACGCCGCCGAAAAUUGUUAUAGAAGGAUCUUAGAGCUGGAUCCAGCCAACAUACAAGGACUCCACAACCUGUGCGUGGUCCAUGUGGAAAGAGGAAAGUUGUUGUUGGCUCAGUCAUGCCUGGAAAGAGCUCAUCGCUUGGCACCCUCGGAGGACUACGUCCUGCGGCAUCUGCAAAUAGUCCAAAACCGGAUCGCGAAACUGAAGUUGAAUCCAAACGACAAACAAUACCUGGAGCAGGAGGUGAGUGGCGACGAGCAGAGCAAGGUCGUAUCGAACAAGAGCAAGGAGACAGAACGGAAAACGGAACCAGUAGUUUCUGGUGAUUCCGAGGAGCAGAGAUACAGUAGCCGCGUCGUUAAUACAGAGCCGAUGUUUGUUAAAAACGUUGACAAUAUCGAUUACGCGUAUGUCGAUAGCUCUGAAUACAGUGCGAGGGGGAGUAGUGUGAGUAAUUUUAGUCAGACCCGGCUGAAGUCCACACGGGUCGGGGCGGACAACGACGACCCUUCGUCCGGCAUGUCUUAGCAUAAUAGGAAAAAAACCGAAAAGAAAAGUCUAUUGAAGAACUAAAUCUAUAUAUUUCCUCUGUACAGUUUUUUAAUCGAUUAAGGAUUAAGGCCCACCGGCAUUAAACUCAAUAAAACUAUCUAAAACUUAAUCUAAUUCAGAAUUUCCCAAUUCAUGUUUUAAACUUAGUACCUUAUAUAUUUUCUUAACCUAAGGCGGUACUAACUUAUAUUAAAUUAAUCGCAUAUGGUUUUAUUGAUUUUAAUCAAACCGAGGCACACUAAAAUUAUAUAAAAAAAAAAAAAUUAUAUUUCUAUCUGAGGACUUUUAUACGCGCCAUUAGAUGUAGUGUACAUUCUGUGAUAUUCAGAAUUAUCUGUAAGAUUAUAAAGAAAAGAUAAAAAAAAAAGGAAAAUCUUGAUUACUUUUUUUUAAAAAAAAAAACAUUA